CAGUUAUUAAACAGGGUAACACAACACCGCCGACACCGGUUGGUGAUUAGCUCAAACAAAUAUCGAUGUUUACAUAGAGGAGUUGAGAGAUCUCAAGCACCGACCGUUGGCUCUGAUCUGAGACAGGACACCAACAGUUACUGCUUCCAACGGUUUGACCAUAUCAGGAUGGAUCAGUGCUUCAGUGGUUACCAUCUGUUGACAUUGGGGCUGUCUACCCUCGCUUUUGGUUCUCUGUUCGGUCUGAAGCGGUUGGGGUUACUUUAUCAAUGGAGACAUAAGUUUGAUCCCAAGAUUAAAAAAAAUGGUGGAGAUUUAGUGGCAGAAACUCUAAAGGCUCAUGGGGUCAAAAACAUUUUCACCUUAGUUGGUGGCCAUAUAUCUCCAAUCCUGGUUGCUUGUGAAAGACUUGGUAUUAGAGUUGUUGACACACGACAUGAAGUUACCAGUGUUUUUGCAGCUGAUGCUGUUGCUAGAAUGUCUGGGACAAUUGGUGUGGCUGCUGUCACUGCAGGACCAGGUGUCACUAACACUGUGACUGCUGUCAAAAAUGCCCAGAUGGCAGAAUCUCCAGUUUUGCUCAUAGGUGGCGCUGCAGCAACAUUGCUCAAGGGCCGUGGAUCUUUGCAAGACAUUGACCAGCUUUCCUUGUUUAAGUCUCUUUGUAAAUUCACAGCCUCAGUAUCGACUGUUAAAGAAAUUGUGCCAACACUACAGAAAGCUAUCCAAACAGCUCAAAGCGGAACCCCAGGCCCAGUUUUUGUUGAAUUCCCCAUUGAUGUUCUCUAUCCUUAUGAAACUGUGAAGAAAGAAAUGGGAAUGAAAGAUUCUGGCAAAGGUUUGAUGCAGAAUAUUGUGAACUGGUAUCUCCAGAAUCACUUGAACAAUUUGUUCUCUGGUGCUUUUGAAGAUCGUGAUAUGUCUCCUCUUCAUGUGGACAUACCAAAGCCUUCUCCCUCUCAAGUGCAGAAAUGUGCCGAAUUACUCUCCAAGGCCAAGAAACCAGUUUUCAUAUUGGGAAGUCAAAUUACACUGCCACCAGUUCCUGUAGAAAACCUAUGUCAAUCUCUUGAGAAUAUUGGCGUUCCAUGUUUCCUUGGUGGUAUGUCACGUGGACUUUUAGGAAGAAAUAACCCUUUACAGAUGAGACAGCAGCGUCGGGAGGCACUGAAAGAGGCUGACCUUAUCGUUCUUGCUGGAACUGUUUGUGAUUUCCGUCUUGGAUAUGGUCGGUCACUGAACAGAAAAGCGAAAAUAAUUACUGUCAACCGUUCCAAAGAACAGCUGUAUAAAAAUUCCGAUAUGUUUUGGAAACCAACUGUUGCCAUCCAGGGAGAUGCUGCUACAUUUGUCACUCAACUGUCUUCAACACUUCAAGGUUACAAGUGUGACCCAGAAUGGUUGUCCACAUUACGGGAAAGAGAUAAUCUGAAAGAGAAAGCAAACGAGAAAAAAGGUGAAGAAAAAACAGAUAAACACCUGAAUCCAGUUAAACUGUUGCAACUGACUGAAGAGAUUCUUACAGAUGACAGCAUUCUUGUAGCUGAUGGGGGUGACUUUGUGGGUACUGCUUCCUACAUUCUCAGACCCCGUGGCCCUUUAUGUUGGUUAGAUCCUGGUGCAUUUGGAACUCUUGGCGUUGGUGGAGGAUUUGCACUUGGAGCCAAAAUUUGUCGUCCAGAAAGCGAUGUGUGGAUUAUAUAUGGUGAUGGUUCUCUUGGAUUUAGUGUAGCUGAGUUUGAUACUUUUACACGACACAAGAUGCCUGUUAUUGCUCUUGUUGGUAAUGAUGCUGGUUGGACACAGAUUUACAGGGAACAAGUACCGAUGUUUGGCAGUAGCGUCGCCUGUGACCUAAGUUUCUCGUCCUACCAUACUGUUGCCGAGGGUUUUGGCGGUAAAGGUUACCAACUGGACAGAAGCAAUGAAGAACAGAUACCGACAAUACUCAGACAAUGCCAAAAGGAUGCCAGAGAAGGUCACAGUGUUCUGAUUAAUGCUUUGAUUGGUAAAACUAACUUCCGAGAAGGCAGCAUAUCCGUUUAACAGCUGCAGCAGCAACAACAGUUGGAACAACAACAACCAUAAUAAUAAUUAUAAUGAUAAUAAACAAUAACAGUGCAAUGCAAUUUGUAGGAAAAUGACUUUGUUUAAUUGAAUUAAACAAAUUGAACAAUAUUUUGACAGAUUGUUCUUGAAUUCAAAAUGUAAAAUGAAAAGAAUAUAUUGUUAUAUUUCUUGAUGGUCAUUUUUUCUUUGUUAAAUAAACACAAACUGUAUAUAUUCAUUCUUCACUUCAGAUUUAGUAUUGUUCUUUGUCUGAAAAUCUGUUGUUACAGGAUGUGUGAUGAAAGAUUUUUCAGACAAAAGACAAUAAAAUAAAAACAAUGAAAAAUCUGAAGUGAAGAACAAGUACGUAGUGUGUGUGUGUGUGUGUGUUUGUUUGUUUGACAAAAGCAAAACAAAAACGACCAUCCAGAAAUAUAACAAUAUCUGUUUCAGCAAUUUCACAUCAGGAAUCUUGCAGAACAUUAUAGAAAAGAACUCAAAAAUAGGGAAAUUCAAUAAUUAACAGGAAUAUCCUGUAUCUUGUUUUUUUUAGAGAAAAUGCUGUCCUCAGUUUUGGGUUUUCCAUGACUGGUAACAAGGAAAAAGGAAAAACCUGAUGAUAUCAUUAUGUUUAAAAAGAAACACAGGACAUUCCUGUUCAUAUUUUGGAUUUCUGAGGUUUUAUUGUGUUUUUUUCUUUUUACAUUUUGAACGCAAAGAAGAAGCGGUCUGUUGAAAUAUUGUUCAAUUCAUUCACUUCAAUGAACAGAGUCAAUCUGUUACAAAUUGCAUCACACCCUUCUUGUUGCUUAAUUUACCUCUGUGAAGAGUUACAUCUGUCUUCGUAAAUUAAUAAUAAUAAAUAAUGAUGAUGAUAAUAAUAAUAAUAAUAAUAAUAAUAAUGGUGAUUUCAUAUUUUGUUUGAUACAAGGCCAGCAAUUUCAGAGGAAUAUGAAUAUACAAACAUUGCCACCUACCUACAUACGUUCAUACAUACAUGUGUGUAUCUGUGUGUUUGUAUAAGGAUAAUAAUGGUAGUGGUGACAGUCACAGAGUAGAUAUGAAACAAGAAAAAAAUAAAAAGAAAUUAAAUAAGCUGCCUUUUUCCAUUUAUGAUGGACUGUUUUAUGAAAUACACACACACAUGCACACACAAUACACACACACCUUGUUGCUAUGUCUGUUAGAUCUACUGAAAAUUUAUUGAACGAGUUUUCAUUUCCAAACAAAUUCCAUUUCUAUUUCUAUAAUAAAACAAUUAAAUCUUGUCAAAA